CUCGACGAACAAGUAGAUGUUUUGGGUAUCCGGGUGUCACAAUCACCAACUUAUUGUUGGCAGUUAAGCUUUAGUUAGCUGAUUACCAGUUCAUCUACGUGUAACAGAGUUAGACGGAUUCCUACCUGUCAACUUUAGGAUUAGCGGGAGCUCCUUCGAGGAACCGAACAAAAAUUGGCAAGCAAAAUAUCGACAUGUAGUGAGUUUCAUCCAGUAUAAGCUGAAGUUGUGCACGUAAUUGUGAUUGGAUAUCCAGAAAAUAUCCUACUCUGAUGUCAUUUGUCUGAGAUACAUUGAUUUAUAAUUAGAAACCACAACUAAAUUAUUUUCAAUAAGGUUAAUUAGUGUCGAAAGUGGUAUAAUGCAGGAGAAAUUCACUCUUUCCAUGUUCCAAGGAACUUUUCCACAGCUUAUUGCAGUACUGGCAGGAACACUUGGUUCGAUUUCCGAUGGGAUGCAUUAUGGUUGGAGUGCUCCUGCAAUUCAGAUCUUAAAAAGCGAAAACUCUCCAGUUGAACUGGGGCCUAACGAUGUCAGAUGGUUAGAAACUCUUUACAUGAUUGGUGGGUUCGCAGGAUUACCGAUUACAAUUUUUGCUGUGGAUAAAAUAGGGAGAAAAGGAUCAAUUUUGAUUUCGGCAGUAAUUUCCUUGAUUUCUUGGUUACUUAUAGGAUUAGCAAAUAGGGUUGAAUAUCUUUAUGUUGCCAGGUUUAUGGUGGGAUUGUCUGCAGAUGUUGCGUUCGUAGCAGCUCCCAUGUACAUCGCUGAAAUAGCCGAUGAGAAAAUCAGAGGUUUUCUUGCUGGUAUCGUUUACGUGAUGAUGCUGGUUGGUAUUUUGAUCAUCUAUGCUGUUGCUCCAUAUGUACAAUUCUAUGUUUCAUCCAUCAUUGGAAUAAUACUGGUUUCAAUACAGUUGAUUACAUUUCCUUUCAUGCCGGAUUCUCCCUAUUACCAACUAUCCAGAGAGAAUCCCGAAAAGGCGAAACUUCAUCUACAGAGAUUGCGUGGUACGGAAAACGUUGAAGCAGAACUUAAAGACAUAACUGCUGCUGUCGAAAGGCAACAAACGGAAAAAGGGAGACCUCAGGACCUGGUUUUGUCGAAAAGCAAUAGAAAAGCUGUUCUGAUCAUGUUUGUAUUGAACGGUGCACAGCAUUUGAGCAGUAUGAGUGUGAUAUUGAUGAACUUACAUGACAUUCUUUCAGCAGCUGAUUCAGUUUAUAUGAGUUCCAAAAUAGCUGGUAUUUUGUUUGCACUAAUGAUGCUUAUGUCAGCAAUUAUUAGUGAUUUUGUUAUCGACAAAUUUGGUCGUAAACCUCUCCUCAUAACUUCAUGUUUAUUAACAGGUUGCUCUUUAUUAGUUUUGGCAAUAUUCUUCUCGUUGAAGAAAACUGGUAUGAAUGUCGAUUACGUCUCUUGGAUUCCAUUAGUAUCUGUCAUGGUUUACGCUGUAGUUUUCAAAUUUGGUCUGGGAAUUAUACCAAUAGUUAUGACAGCGGAACUAUUUCCUGCAAACGUAAAAGCUAUGGGAAUGACCAUUGCUGAUUUCUUCUAUGUAUUGUUCGGCUGGUUCUCGAUAGAAAUAUUCCAAAGACUUUCAAUGAAAGUGGGCUACGAUGUUCCUUUUUAUAUAUUUUCCAUUUGCACCUUACUGACUGCUGUAUUCGUACAAGCUUAUGUUCCAGAAACAAAAGGAAAAACGCUUGAAGAAAUUCAAUUCAUUCUGAAGGGAAUUCCUUUUCCACAUAAGAGCAACAGUAUUCCUUGUGAAUAUUUCGAGAAUGGAAGUGACAAAAUAAGACAUAUCCAAGGAGGAGACGUUUCUGGAGGCCAGCAAUGUAGAGAUCCUAAAGGACCAUCAAUUCCUUGAAAAAAUCGAAGUGGAUAGAAUUUGAGUUCUCGAAAUACAUAUUUUUUCGAUACUUUAUUAACAUAUUGAAAUUCUCAGUUUGAGUUUGUUUGGAGUUGUACGUAAAUUCUGUGAAAUAUUUUACAUCCUACAAAAAUUUGAUUUCCAGUUUAAAUUAAAUAAUUUGAAUAUU